AUGCAUCCAAUAAAGUGUGACCCCAAACGUCUCCUGACUACGUGGAAAUUGUUGCAGGGGAUGCACGAGGUGCCAGGAGUGCGGCUACCACUUCAAACGAGUUACGCAUCACCGAGCCCCCACGCCGUGUUCAUGUACAGCACGACGGGUGGCGCGGAGGGCAGUGUGACGCUUCAACUGCGAGACACGGAUGACUUGGACGACAAGAGUGGCCUGGCCUCCGUGCUGGCUCGCCUCCAGCAGGAGGAUGCCACUCUCAGCAUCAGUUACCAGGACAGCGAAAUGCUCACCGAGGGUAGCAUCGACGUCCUGCUCGGCACUAGCUCACUCCACAACACCGGUAAUGGGGGCAACACCGCAUCCUUCGAUCUGUUCGACUCUGAGAGUGGCCAAGAUCUGACGUUGUCCCCGCAAACAUUCACCAGCUCCACGGAGGCUUUCAUCAAUGACAACUCGGACAGCCUCGGUGUUCCUGGUGAUACUGACACAGUGGGCAGUACGGAGGAUAUCAAAGGAGUGGCUGACUCCAGCAAAUUAGCGGUCAAGAAACCUAGGCCUAAAGCUUCAUCACCAAACCGUCAGGGACCUCAGCAAUGUCAGGUGUGCGGGAAGGUGUUCGGGAACGCUUCUGCCCUCGCCAAACACAAGCUGACGCACAGCGACGAACGGAAAUACGUGUGCAGCAUGUGCGGGAAGGCGUUCAAACGACAGGACCACCUAAAUGGACACAUGUUGACGCAUCGUAACAAGAAACCGUACGAGUGUAAGGCAGAAGGCUGUGGCAAAUCGUACUGCGACGCCAGGUCCUUACGGCGUCACACGGAGAAUCACCACACGAACAAUACCGCCUCCAGUUCUGCUCAGGCAGCUAGCAAUGCCUCAACCACGACGUCGGGCUCCGGUAGCACCGGCAGUUCCGACGAUGCCUCACCACUGGCCUCAUCGUGCAUCCAGUAUGCGCCACCUCCGCAGCAACAGCAGACCCCAACAGCGCCACCGCCUCCGUAUCCCGCGACGUCUUCGCCAUCCACUACCACGACCUCUGCUGCCACGGCUGCUAGCAGUAGUAGUGGAACAAAACAGGCCCCAAGCCAAUUGCAACAGUUGUUAGCAAGCGAACCCGUCUCGGCAACCCCGGCGAGUACCACCUCCUCCACCAAGGCUUCCAGCAGCGCCCAACCUGUAAACAAUGACGGCCUAACGAAACAGCAACUGGACCUCAUCCACCAGAUCAUGCAACAGACACAACAGCAAGCAGCAGCUCACCAGAAACAGCAAAACAGCAACAGCUCCACGAAAAACAAUGUCGCCUCCAGCAGUACAACGAGCAGUGUGAAGACAGUGACGUCAAAUAAGUCCAGGACGUGGGCUGUGCAGAGUUCAAGCGUUGGCGCUGGAAGCAAGGCGAAUGGCGGUGGCAGUGGGCACCCUCAGACUGGGGGUGGCGCCAACAGCGCGGGUUCAGCGAAACCACAGCAACAAGACCCCAAACCCGUUGAGUGCAACCUGUGCCAUAGAAAGUUCAAGAAUAUCCCCGCGCUGAACGGACACAUGCGCUUACAUGGCGGUUACUUCAAGAAGGAUUCGGAGUCCAAGAAGUGCGAGAAGAAAGAAGUUUCGGGCCCGCCCUUGCAGACCGCCAGCAUGAGUGUGCGUGCACUAAUAGAAGAAAAGAUAAUUCAGAAGCGCAUCACCAAUCCUCAACUGCAGACACCCCUCGGCCAGCAACAACAGCAGCAGUCACAACAACAACAACAACAACAACAACAACAACAACAACAACAGGCCCACCUAGCAUACCAAAAUUCCGAGCCAACCAAUGGUUCUCGUGUGGGAGGUGCACCACCGCAGUAUCCCAGCACACCCCCAACACCAGGGAAUACAGAACCAGAUCUGAACAUUAAACUGUCAUCUUUUGUGGUGCCGGCACCUCCAGUGCAAUCACAGACUGUGCAACAGCAGCAGCAGCCACAACAACAACAACAACAACAACAACAGCAGCAGCAGCAGCAGCAGUCAGCGGGUGAGAAGAUGCGUCGACAUUCAGACUCUGAGCACUUUGUGUCUCCAAGAGCACCAGCA